ACAAAUUAACAUGUUCAGCAUAUAGUCUGAAAAAUAAAUUGAAAAAAAAGUUAUUUAAAGCAGUGAGAAAAAAGCAAAACGUGCAACGCUAAACCCGCUCCAGCCCUGGUCACAUUUUUGCGAAUUCUCCCCGGCUUCUUCCCACUUUACGAUUCCGCUCGUCCGAUUUCGGCGGUGUUGAUUUAUCCCGGACUGUAUUUGAUUUUAUUUUGCUGAACACACAACCGGAAACUCCCCAACGAUGGAGGCAGCUGUUUUGAAAAUAAUUGAUGGACUCCUGAAGAUGGGAACGACGGAGUCAAUUCGCCAGGCUACUGCCGAAUUGAUGAAGGCGUACGAGAACCCCGAGGCCCUUUUAUGUCUUACCCAGAUCGUGAUGUCCAACGAGGACGUCCAGAGGCGUACGUAUGCAGCCGUGCUUCUUCAAAGGCGACUCAAAAAGCUUCGCUACUGGCAAGUAGUUCCCGCCGACCAUCAGGCAGCGAUUAAAUCACGAAUGUUGCAAGUGCUUGUAACGGAGAAGGAGAGGGGCGUGAAGAAACAAGUGGCCCAGUUGAUCGGCUCCUUGGUGCGUCAUGAGGCGGAAAAGGAGGACCCCUGGAUGACGGAACUGCUUAAGUUCAUUUACGAACGGUGCAGCAGUCGCGAUCCAAAGGAGAGCGAGCAGGGCUCGUCUAUCUUUGCCGAGUUGGUUGACUCUGCUCCGGACCAGUUUGCCCUCCAUAUGGAGGCCAUCUCCCAGUUGUUUGCCAGCAUUCUGUUAAAUGCCGAGGCCGCUGGCGACAUGGCAACACCCACCGUUUUGAAUAUGUUGGUGGCCACAAGUUGUCUGCUGCCAUUUGUCAGUGGUCACAGUGCCGCCGAGCAGACGGUGAUCAAGACAAUACCACUGAUCAUCAAGGCACUCAACGCCUUCGCCCAAAAGGGAGAUUCUCACCAGUUCAUGAACGCGUUUGAAAUCGUUGACGGCAUGGUCGAGUUUGUGCCACAUCUGCUGACCAACAACGUGAAGCCGCUACUCGAAUUUUGCCUGAUCACAGCGGGCGACAAUAAGCUCGAUGAGUCGAUUCGUGUGCAGGUGAUUACCUUAGUGGGAAGCCUGGUGCGGUUAAAGAAAAAGGCAAUCGUAAAACAAAAAUUGCUGGAGCCAAUUCUAGGCGUUUUAUUCCAAGUGAUGUGUCAGGACACCGAAGACGACGCUGAGGAUUAUUUCGCCGGGGAGAGUGCUAACAGCCCGGCGAGCACGGCCACGCAGACUCUGGACCUUAUGGCCCUCCAUUUGCCGCCGGAGAAGUUCAUUCCACCGCUGCUGCAGCUGCUGGAGCCGUCAUUGCAAAGUGCAGAUCCAAAUUGUCGGCGGUCCGCGUUCAUUUGCAUGGGCGUCAUUGCCGAAGGUUGCUCAGAGGCCAUCAAUAACAAGUAUCUGGAAGUCAUGCUUAACAUCGUCAAAGCAGGAAUUACUGACACUACCAUGUUGGUGCGGGUCGCCGCAUUCUACGCCCUCGGUCAAUUUGCCGAGUUUCUGCAGCCAGCGAUCUCCAAGUUUGCGCCUCAGAUUUUGCCGGUGCUGUUUGACUAUUUGAGCCAGUUGGUUGUUGAACUCAAGAUGGGUCAGCCGGAACCAAAACACAUGGAACGUAUGUUCUACGCCUUGGAGACCUUCUGCGAGAAUCUGGAGGAGGACAUUGUGCCCUAUCUGCCCGUAUUAAUGGAUCGUCUCUUUGCGGUCUUGGAACCACAGAACUCGGUUCACAUUCGAGAGCUGGCACUGUCGGCCAUCUCGUCGACAUCAAGUGCCGCUAAGAAGCACCUGAUGCCGUAUUUCCCCAAAAUCAUGUCUAUACUGCAGGCCUGUCUGGUCAAGGAGUGUCCCGAAGAGAUGAAUAACUUGCGCAUCCAAGCCAUCGACACUCUGGCCGCUCUGUGUCGCGAAGUGGGUAAGGAGAACUUCAUUGGGUUGGCCGACGACACGAUGAACUUCUGCCUGAUGAUGCUGGCUGAGGGUCCUGACGACCCGGACUUCCGUCGAUCUAUCUACAACUUGAUGUCCGCCCUGUCCUCCGUGGUCAACGAAAGCAUGGCCACCGUGUUCCCCAAGAUCAUGUCCAGGAUAAUGGAGUCGGUGAUCUCCUCAGAAGACGUACUGCCCAUUGUGUCUGACAAUGCCGACUCAGAUUUUCCGGAUCCGGCCAAUGUGGAAAUUGAUCUGUCGCAUACGGACGACGAGGACGAUGAGGAGGACUUGGACUGCUACCAGGUGGAGAACGACUACGUAAUCGAGAAGGAGGAGGCGAUAAUGGCACUCAGGGAAUUCGCUGCCAACACGGGUUCCGCAUUCGCACCCUACUUGCAGUCGGCGUUUGAGAAUGUUUACAAGGUGAUUGACCAUCAGCAGGAUGAGAUACGCAAAGCAUGCGUGGAUGCCAUUUGCGGAUUUAUAAUCGCCGUUAACAAAAUGGGCGAUACUGCUGGAGUGACGCGCGCCUGUGAGAUUGCCAUUCCGAAAUUCGCACACAUCAUUCGCACCGACGACGAGGUGUCCGUCGUAUCUCACGUGCUCGACGUGAUCUGCGAUCUCUUUAAGGAUGUUAAAUUAGCUGCCAUAACUAAUCAGGAAAACGCCGAUUUAAUCUUCGGUUGCAUCAGGGAUGUGUUCGCCAACAAAAUGGCCUGUCAGUUCAACGAGCAGAGCGGCGGCGGUGAUGAGGAGGAUACGGAGGGUAGCGAGUACGACGAGAUGCUCAUCGAAAACGCUGCCAACCUUCUGCCCGGAUUCGGCGCGGCACUUCAGCCGGAGGCGUUCUCGCUGUAUUUCAAUCGCAUCUACCAAUUCUACUUGCAAAAGCUGGCAAAAGCCAAGAAACAAGAUGCUCCGGAUCACCGAGCAUACAUCUAUGGAUCUUUGGCCGACUGUUUUCAGCGUCUAGGCAAUUGCACCGUGACCUAUUUUGACAACCUGUGUCCGGUGUUCAUUGCAGGAACCAAGGACUCCUAUGCCAAGGCUCGACAGAACUCCUAUUUCGCUCUGGGCGAGCUUGUGAUCUUUGCCGAGGAAAAAUCUUUCGAGUCAUAUCCGGCAAUCUUGCAAGCCCUUUCCGAGGCGAUCGGCAGGGAGUCGGAACCAGCUGCGAUGGACAAUAUUUGCGGAGCAGUUGCCCGCCUAAUUGUCACGAACCAUGCGGGGGUACCGCUUGCUCAGGUUCUGCCCGUGUUUCUCAAUCAUCUGCCAUUGAAGGAGGACACUGUGGAGAACGACAUGAUUCAAAAGGCAUUCCGUGUGCUAUUCUUGCAGGCUCGCACCAGCAUUGAGAGUCAUCUGGAGCAGAUGCUGGUCAUCACCAUCGAAUCGAUUUACAAGGAACAGAUGCCAGAUGAAGAGAGCACCAAGAGCGCGGUGGCCUUUAUCAACGAGGUUCGCGCAAACUAUCCGGACAAGUUUAACGCCGUGUCCAAUUCAAAUCCGGAGGUGUUCAACUAUGUGCAUACUCUGUAAGCACCCACACACACGCAAAAACCAAACAGCAAAACACCCUGCAUACCCACAUUGCUAACCUAGCUAAUUCACUCAACUCCUUUGCCCGCAGCCUUUGGUAUCGGAGAUGAUAAAUUUCUGAUGAAGAAGCUUCAAAUACGAUUUGAAUUGGGACAAGUUUAAAAUGUUUUCUUUUUCGGUUAGUGUGCUUUUGCGGCGUUACAAGUUCAGAAUAAGUGAUCUUUAAAAUUGCAAGUUGUAGUUUUUUCUACCAAGCCGAAAGAACCGGCGAACUGUUUUCUAAUUUAUAGCUACAUCCAGUGACACAUGAAUAUGUAUGUAUGAAUAGUCUGAAAUAAACGAAACAAUAAAGAGUA